AUGGAGUGGCAGACUCGGUUAUUUAACAUAAUUUUCAAAACGGCGAGGAUGUCUGAAGCUUGGAGGUGGAGUACGAUGAUUCCAUUGUAUAAGAAUAAGGGCGAUAUUCAGGAUUGCAAUAAUCACAGGGAUAUAAAGUUGUUAAGCCACACUAUGAAGGUUUGGAAAAUGAUGAUAGAGUUAAGGUUGCGGAGGAUUGUUACUAUUUAUGGAAAUCAAUUUGGAUUUAUGUCAGGGUGCUUGACUACAAAAGUCAUCCAUCUCAUCAGGAAACUGGUGGUAGAGCAGUAUAGGGAAAGAAAGAAGGAUUCGCACAUGGUGUUAAUUAUCGACUUAGAGAAGCCAUAUGAUAGAGUUCCUUGGGAGGUUCUUUGGAGGUGUUUGGAGGCUAGAGGUGUUCCUAUAGUAUAUGUUAGAGCGGUUAAGGAUAUGUACAAUAGAGCAAAGACUCGGGUUAGGACUGAGGUAGAGGACUCAAAGCACUUUCCUAUCUUGAUGGGGUUACAUCAAGUAUCGACUCUUAGUCCGUUUCUUUUUGCCUUGGUGAUGAAUGUUUUGACGUGGCACAUUCAAGAUGAGGUGCCUUAUUGUUUGAUUUUUGCAGAUAAUGUAGUCUUGAUUGAUGAGACUCAUAGUGGAGUUAAUGCUACAUUGGAGGUUUGGAGGCAAACUCUUGAUUCUAAAGGGUUUGGGUUGAGUAGGUCCAAGACGAAAUAUUUGGAGUGUAAGUUCAGCGAGGUGUCUCAUGAGUCCGAUGUGGUUGUUAAGCUUGACACUCAUUAUAUCAGUAAGAGAGAUAGUUUCAAGUAUCUGGGAUCGAUGAUUCAGGAGAAUAGAGAGCUUGACGAAGAUGUUACUCAUCGAAUCGAGAGAGAAUAG